UUAAUUUUUUUAGGUGAUUAUUGCAUGUUUCUUCUCCACUGAGUCCAGAUAUGCUGGGAAAGCCGGAAAGGUGAUAAUAGUGCUAGUAUAUUUUGUAGUUACAAAGUGCUCUAAUGGUGAGCAAUUUCAUAUUGUAGCUUGGAAAAACAAAAAAACAAAUAAGUAAUUCUUAUCGUACACAUGCCACAAUUUAAGUGGAUGAAGUUUUCUUUGAAAAACCAAGCACCGUCAACAUAGCUUGUUUGAGCAAGGUUGCUUAACCUAGCUACAUCAAUAUCGUCACUCCAAUAGAAAGCUACAUGCCUGUAAUUUUAUUUAAUUUGCAAGCAGAUUCCUUUUGUAAACCAUUGGAGAUGCUCUUAGUAACUUAGUCCCUGGGAUCUGCAUUAUAGUCAAUCUAUCAUGCUUUUAAUUUGACACAAUCGUAAUUUAUUUUAAAAUGACCUAUGUAUUACUAAUAAGUAAUGGCAGAUGAUUGCUUGUUAGCAAGUUAUGUAAUUUUGAUGCUGUUUUUUUUCUUUUAUUUUUUAUUUUUUAAAUCUGAAUGUUACGGUUGAUGGCGUGUACAAAUUAUUUUUUGGUAAUUUGAUUUAUUGUCCUCGUUGAAGAACAUGUUGUAAUUCACAGUAGAAAUUAUUUAGCAGAUUUCUUUGCAUUCCACAUAUAUACUUGUACAUUUUAAAAAUCGAUUUCAGUUAGUACUGGUGAACAGUGAAUUCUAACAAUAAGGGGACCUGUAGGACCUCUAUAGCGGCUACUUUGCAAUAAUUCCAAGAAAUUCCAAAAUUGAGAAAAGUCACAUUAUAUUCCCUGAGAUUAGUCAAAAUGCACCUCCUUAGCUACAAUAAAUGAUGCAUUUCAAAUGAAAAUUCCACAAAAGUAGACUAGAAAUUCCCAUGAAUCUUCCAUCAAGUUAGAUAUCUUCUAUUCAUCUCACCAAUUCCUCACCAGAAUCAGUUAUCAGCCUCUUCUGACAAGUGACUAGCUGUAAGAUGGCGGCAUCUCUUGUAGGUUCAGCUAUACAAUGGAUUGGUUCCUUGCUAGUCCAAGAAGCAAGCCUGUUAUUUGAAGUGGAAGACCAAGUAAGAGCCCUCCAGCAAGACCUUGAACUCAUCCAACAGUAUCUCCAAGAUGCUGAUGCAAAGCAAGAAAGAAAGGAAAUUCGGACUUUGAUCAGGCAAAUUAGGAAACUUGCUUAUGAUGCUGAGGAUGUCAUUGAUACUUACAUCAUUGAAGUUGAACUAAAGAAAGAUGUCCCAGAAAAUAAGGGCUGGCUCUUCGGAUUUACGUGCUUCCUGCAUACUGCGCCUCAGGCAUACAGUAUAGGGAAGCAGAUACAGUCGAUGCAGAGUAAUGUGAAGCAGAUUACUCACAGUUUGAUUGAUUUUGGAGUAAGAAGAAUCUCAAAGGUAGGGGAAGAUUUGAGAUCAUCAAGCAACCGUGAAAGAUAUUCUAAACAAAAGCCACGAAGCUACCCUUAUGAUGAUGAUGGUGAGUUUGUUGUUGGCUUGGAGAAAGACAUGAAAAUUUUGGUAGAAAUGUUGAUGGGAGAAGGAAAAACUCAAGUAAAUUUUGUUUCCAUUGUGGGGAUGGGUGGCUCGGGGAAAACCACCCUUGGUAGGAAGCUCUACAACCAUCCAUAUACUAAAGAAUGCUUCGAUUGUUGUGUAUGGGUUUAUAUAUCCCAAGAAUGGAGCACCAGACACGUUUUAUUCGAGAUAUUGAGGAAAGUUAGUGACCCUGACCCUAUGGAGUUGUCCAAGUUGAAUGCGAAUUCAAGUGUGGAUGAGCUAGUGGACAAGCUCCGGAGCAUCUUGGAAAAGAAAUCGUAUUUGGUGGUGUUGGAUGAUGUGUGGAGGAAAGAAGCACUAGAGGAAAUACUCCCUGCCCUCCCAUGGGUGAGAAAAAACAAAGUAAGUAAAAUUAUUAUCACAACCCGAAACCAAGAAGUAGUUCAAUUCCAGAACAUCCAAAGGAACCUAUAUGUCCAUGAACCAAGGCCUCUAAGCAAGGAAGAAAGUUGGGAAUUGUUCUGCAAGAUUGCUUUCAACUUCCAUACAAAUUGCAAUAACAAAACCUUCGAGGUUCUAGGCAAGAAGAUGCUGGAGAAAUGUGAUGGACUUCCCUUGGCUGUAGUUGCAUUGGCUGGGAUCUUGAAUACAAAAAGAAGCAUUCGGGAAUGGCAACAAGUAUAUGAAGCUGUACGGUCAAGGGUAAUGGAAGGUACAUGCUCACAUAUGUAUGGUAAAGUAGGGGAUAUGCUCGCCCUGAGCUAUGAUGAUCUACCUGCAGAUCUAAAGCCUUGCUUUCUAUAUUUGGGUGUUUUUCCGGAAGACUGCCAAAUUCCAGUUGGAAUGCUAAUCAGAAUGUGGAUAGCUGAGGGUUUUAUCGCUGCAAAUGAAGUUAUGUCCCUUGAAGAUGUAGCAAUGCAGUGCUUAGAAGAAAUGAGUCACCGGUUCAUGAUUCAAGUAGUGCGGACCAAUUUCAAGGGAGCCAUCAAAGCAAUUCACUUGCAUGAUCUAUUGCGCGAACUUUGUGUCAGAAAGGCCAAAGAACAAUGUUUUCUUCAAGUUAAAACUCCUAUCAACAAUUUAGCUCCCACUGAUGCAUCUCAAAUAGCAUUCCAGUCACGGAGGGCUGCUCUUCAUUCCAGCACAUGUUUUCCUACCCAAGCUUCAAAUUUGAGGUCACUUGUACUAUUGACAAGAUCUAGUGUAAUGCACUCUGCCUAUGAAUCCAAAGAGACAUUAAACUUGAAUGUUCUCACUCAAAAAUUCCAAUUGCUUAGAUUGUUAAAUCUUUGGGGAAUUAAGACUCCCACUGGAGCUUUGCCUACACAAAUCGGGAGCUUAAUACACUUGAGGUAUCUGGGAAUUCGGGCUUCUAAUAUCACAGAACUCCCUGCAUCAAUUGGUAAAUUAAGAAAUUUACUGACUUUGGACUACAGGAAUAUUGACUACUCUAAUACAACUGUCAAAAUUCCUAAUGUCUUUUGCAAGCUUAAGCUACUGAGGCAUCUAUUUUUGCCAAUUGAUUGCCCUUGGACUCUUGAAAAACUACAGUUGAGUGCUCUAAAAAACUUGCAAAUACUCUGGGGUGUUAAAUGUGGAGGGAGUGAUUGGUUUUCACAAGAGAUGCUAAGACUAAGCCCAACUUUAAGUAAGUUGAAGGUGGUUGUGUCAACCGAAAAUAAUUUGGAAGCUGUCUUUGAUUGCCCAAGCCUUGUGUCUGAUCGGCUUCAUAAAUUCCACUGUAAAUGGAACUUUGGUGUGGCCUUAAAACAUGUAAAUCACGCUCUCUCUCAGAAUCAACACCUAGAUGAACUGGUAUUGGUUGGAAAAAUUAAGGUAGAGAAGCUGUCUCUGUUAUUGCCACCUAAUCUUUUAAUACUGGAAUUGAAGAAUAGUGCUCUAAAGAAUGAGGAUGUUAUGGUAGUUGCUGGAGCAUUAGCCCACCUAAAGCUUCUAAGAUUGUCAAACUCUUACACGGGAACAACAUUCACUUGCAACCGUGGUUCCUUUCCUCAGCUUGAAGAACUCUACCUUGGAGACCUUCAGAACUUGGACACGUGGGAGAUAGAGAAGGGGGCGAUGCCUAGGCUUAAGAAGCUUGAGAUCUUAAAAUGUCAGAUGCUACAACAGUUUCCUCAAGGUUUGGUGUAUGUCACCACCCUCCAACAACUUGAAUUUUUUGGACUGCCCAAACAAUUUGGCGAACAAGCUAGGAUGUAUGGAUGGUCGCAGCAAAGGCUUAGGCUGCCUCAUAAUGUUGAAGCCAUCAUUGAGCAGUCUGACACUCAAGUUGACAUGUCUUCCAUUCACAAGAUCUAUGAGCAGCUCACUGCUGGGAUCUUUCUGAAAAACAAAAUGAAGAAGUUCUGGAUUGUGAAGCAAGGGGACUGCCCAUAUAAUUGCUUCAUGGUGUAUGUGGCAGGCCUCGCCUUAACAACAAACGUGGAUUGUGAUGGUUUGCCAGAGUGGGAUGAUAUAAUAGAUAAUUGCGAAUGUACUGAAACUAAAGACAGAGAUGGUGCAUUAAUCAAAGUGGUGAAACUAAAAUCUUCAGAAUCUGAGCUUCAUGUGCGUGGAAUAAUCGGAAUCGAUGAUCUAUCUCCAAAUGUAACAUAUACAUUCACUUAUGUGGCCAUGCUAGAAAAGGUGGUUGCCCGUUCUCUACUACUUCCUGAUGUCAAAUUUCAAAAGCACAAGCAAAACUUGAAUGACAAAGAGAAGAUCUCUGUCCGUUCUCUACUAUUCCUUCCUAAUGUUAAAUUUCAGGAGCACGAGCAAAACUUGAAUGACAAACCAAGAAAUAAAUGGUUUAAAGUCCCUAUAGGCGAGUUCAAGACACACCCUAAAGGCUCUAUUGGAGAGGCAGAAUUUUCAUUGCAUUGCCGAUGCCACACAAAAGAAGUUGGAUUCGCGAUCAAAGGUUUCAUGAUUGAGCCUAAACUUCAAUCCUUUACCUAGUUGAAGACCUGGUUUACCUAGCAGCCAAGUGCAGCGAUGUGAUGAUGGUGGAUCGCGCAUCUUGGGGGAGAUUUGAGGAUGGUGGAAGCCAAACAUUAUUAAAUUAGAAACUUCCUAGAAAAGAGUUCUGCCAUAGCUCAACCAUGAUUUUAUUUGUGCUGUCAAAACUUCACAACUGAAAAUACUGUAGAUCUGUUACAAGCUGAAAUAAUACAGCAGUAUCAACGGAAUCUAAAUGUAUCUGUACAAGAUUAUUUAGUUUCAUAAGCAAAUUUGUUUUCCCCCUACUGCUCUAGAAAUGGUGCAUUGCUUUUGAACCAGUACCUUAUUGUAAACCUUUUAUUUUUUAAUCAUAUAAUGAAACAACAAUAAUAUUCCUUGGCUUUCUCAUACAUACAAGUAUGGACUUAUCUCUGUCAUUCUUUUAAAACCCUGAAUUCUCCUCAUUGAUAUGUUUGCUUUUUUUUUUUUUUUUAGUGUGUUCAAAUUACCAAGUUGAUGGUGAUAUACUUUGCAUCUACAAAGCGCACUUCAGUGUCGAAGGGAGGAAUGUGUUUGACGUCGUUGGCUCAUUUG